AUGUUCAAAACGUCUCCCUUUAACCGCAAGAAAACCACCGGAAGUCGUCCGUUCGCCGAGUUCUACAACACCUGGCUAGCCACCCUCUCAACCACCCUCCUCCCCCAGCUCCGCCUCGCCCUCUCCUCUUUCUCCCUCUCCCCCGCUCUCCUCUCCCUCCAGGUCGACGGCAUGCACCACCAUCUCCAGUCCUACUACCUCGCCCUCGAUCAGGCCGCCGCCGGAGACGUCGCCCAGUGCCUCCACCCGGACUGGCGCAACGCCCUCGAGAAGCCCUUCCUCUGGCUCGGCGACCUCCACCCUUACCUCUUCACCAACCUCCUCCGGUCCUUCCUCGACGACCAAGAAUCGCCGUCCUCACCGGAGGAAGAGGAGGAGGACGGCGGCGGGUUCCUCGAGUACGACUCGGUGGAGAUGAAGGAGUUCGGCCACCGGCCGUGGCACGUUGCCGUGGCGUGGCGGAGCCCGUCCAGGACCCUGACGGCGAGGGUCGACCAGAUCGAGUGCGGGCUGCGGCUCAUGGUGCCGGCGCUGGCGGCGCGCGCGCGCGGCGCGCAGGCGAAGCUGGUGCGGCGCGUGGGAGCUGACUGGGGCGGGGCGGCGGCCGUGGGGGAGGCGGUUGCGGAGGAGAUGGAGGAGCUGGUGGGCGUGGUGGUGGACGCGAACAGGCUGAGGAGGAGCGUCUUGGCCGACAUCGUGAGUGCCACCACUGUGUACCAGGCGGCGUUGUUCUUGGAGGCGGUGGCGGAGUUCUUGAUAGGGUUUAACGAUGCGAAAUUGGUGAAGGAGUUUGAGGAGUGCGAGAAGGCUGUCAAUUGA